CAGGAAAAGUAUUAAAGAGAGCAAUUCCUCCCAGAUUGUCUUCUCAUCCUCAUCUCAACAGCAUCUUCAACAGUAUCUUCAACAGUAUCAUCCAGCACAACACUCAUUUUCCCUCAGUUUCUUAAUUUGACAACUUCACUCACCUUAAUCCAAAGCUUUCACCUUCGGCUACUUCCAAAAUGCACUGCUCAUUCUCCAACACCGUUCUGGCUGCUUUCAGCAUCAUCUCCAUCGCCUCUGCAGGCCCAAUUGCAGCCCGUGACAUCUGUGGUGUAGCCCCCGCCGGAACUGUAGCCCAAACGCCUCUCUCGCAGCCCACUGGAAUCAAUACCGCUGCAGACUGUGCUGCUAAGUGCAAAGGCAACCCAGCAUGUCUUUCCUUCCUCUUUGGCCUCGUCGAUGGUGUCGAUAAAUGCCUCCUCUACUCUGUUCCAGCUGCUUCAGUCCCCCCUCAAACCAACCUUGUCGCUUAUGACAUCGCAUGCACCUCAAUCCCAUCUGUUGUUCCCACUGCGGCCAACCCAGGUGGACUUCGCAGCCGUCAAGCUACUGGAGCUCAAGUCUCAAACCCUGCUCAAGGUGCCUCGGGCACCACAACAGGCUCAGGUACUCAGACAGUCGGAACUCACGCCAAUCCCGUCAACGCUAUCCCAGCUGGCUCGCCACAAGCAGUUGGAACUCACGCCAACCCUGCGAACACUGUCCCCGCUGGCUCACCAAACCCAAUCGCCGAGCCCGUCGUUGAUGACCUGUCUGCCUGUCUGGCAGCGUGCAAAGGUAACCCAUCUUGCAUUGCGUAUACGUUUGAGUCUGGCGUUUGCAAGCUGUUCGGUCCUACUCCAGUCAGACGCAGACAGCAACAAGGUGCCGCAGGUGGUUCUGCCAGCGGUCAAGGAGCCCAGAACCCACAGACUGGUCCUUCCCCGACACCUGCCCCUACGAACCAAGGAACUCACGCGAACCCCAUCAACGCAGUUCCUGCCGGUUCCCCAACACCAAUCGCCACCCCUGCCGUUGAUGACCUGACCGCCUGCCUCGAUGCCUGCAAAGGAAACCCUGCCUGCAUCGCGUACGUGUUCGAGUCUGGUGUCUGCAAGCUUUACGAAUAGAAAGUUUGAACGAG